AUGAGCAUUUUACCGCUUCCCCAAGCAAGAGACAGCCCUGCAGCGUCUUCCCAAGCUCAGGAGCAACCGGAUCUCACACGGUCCAUCACACCCACGGUGACGGACUCAGGAAUUUCCUCCGGCGACCACCAGCUCGCCGCCCUUGUCUCCCAGUACGCCAUUGCCUGCGGCACCAACCAUCUACGGCGUCCUCCUCCGCUGCCUCCCGUCACUAGCGACGCCUUCAGCGGCCUGGAUCUUUACAUGCCGCUGCACUUUCGGUAUCUGCACACCAGCGCCUGA